AGGGGGAGGUAUUGAUUUCGCGCAUGCGUCGAACGGGAAGCUCCAGCCGAGCUGCUGGUUUCACGCAUGCGUAGUCCUUGCCAGGUUCAGUGUCGCGCCUGCGCAGUACACCCAGCUUCCAUCCUCCCGGAUAAGCCACGUCUCUGAUCCGCAGGGAAGAUCCUGCGACUUCUGUCCCGGGCCGCUGUUGACAGGAUGGUGCGCCCGCCAUCGCGUUGUGUUCUUCAGUCGGCAGCUCCGUUGCUCGGGCUGGUCUGACCGUCCUUCAGCGACAGGCGGAGACCGGAGACCGGAGGCCGGUGACCACCUUCCCCUGGGGAUCGCCGCCGCCGCAGGCCGCCGAGCCAUGGCCGUCCCCGCCAACAGCCUCCGCGUCAGCGACAUCCACGACACGGCGUCGCUCUUCGAGCGCUACAGCACCGAGGAGAUCCGGCAGGUGGAGCGGCGGGUCCGUGCCGAGAUCGAGCAGAAGAAGGAGGAGCUGCGCCAGAUGGUGGGCGAGAGGUACCGGGACCUGAUCGAGGCGGCCGACACCAUCACCGACAUGCGGCUGUGCGCCGAGAAGGUGGUGUCCUCGGUGCAGGAGAUGUUCGACUACUGCACCCGGAUCAAGCCGUGUGCCGCCGGCAGAGCCGCUGCUCUCUCCUCCCGGAGCAACCAGGUUCAGCAGCAGUCCCAGGAGAAAUUCUACAGUAUGGCAGUGCAGAUUAAACUCCUUCUGAACAUGCCAGAGAAGAUUUGGAGUGCCUUAGAAUCAUCACAUUAUCUCUAUGCUACUCAGAUGUACUUGCUAUGCUGCCACAUUCAUAGCAUCCUCCAAUUGGACUCCUCAGGUUCCCAUUACAGUCCUGUCCUGGCACGUUUUCCCAUCCUUGUACGACAAGUAGCGGCAGCAGGCCAUUUCAGAUCAUCCAUUUUGCAGGAAAGUAAAACACUUCUUAAGGGCCGUGCUGUAUCGGACCAAGCUAUUGCAGAGGCUCUCUGUUCCAUUAUCCUACUGGAAGACAGUUCUCCACGCCAAGCUCUCACUGAUUUUCUUCUAGCUAGGAAAUCAGCAAUUCAGCAGUUACUGAACCAACCCCACCAUGGAGCUGGUAUCAAGGCACAGGUGUGUUCUUUGGUUGAACUGCUAGCCACUACGAUGUAUCAGGCUCAAGCUGUGUUUUAUACCCCAAGUCAAGGAAAAACACCAGAUUCUACACUAACCUGUGGCCUUCUCUUUACUACCUUAGAAUCCAUCACAAGUGAGUCCCCAACAGAAAAAGGAAUCACUGUGUUAAAAGAAGAGGUGAAAUCUGAGAGUUGGUUCAAGUAUUUACCACCUUCCAUUGUGAAUUUUCAGCCAUCUCUGAGGACCCUUGCUCAUCCAAUAAGCCAUGAUUAUUUGAGAGACACUCUUCAGCAAUGGAUCAACAUGUGUAAGGAUGACAUAAAAAUGGGAAUUGGGAAUCUGCUGAUCUAUGUGAAAAGUCUGAAGGGUCUUGCUGGAAUUCGAGAUGCAGUGUGGGAACUCCUCACUAGCGAGUCGAUAUGUCAGAACUGGGAAACUGUUUGCUACCGACUCUUGGAGAAGCCUUUCUCCUUCUGGGAAGAUUUCCUUCAGCAGCUCUUCCUUGACAGAUUACAGGCACUGACAAAAGAAGGUGUGGAAUCCAUCUCGAACAGUUCCAAACAGCUGUUGAUUUCAGCUCUACAGGAGCUUCAGGCCAAGAACAGCAGCACUGCUCCCAAUAAACCUGUUGAGUUUGAAUACAAUGUUGCUGCAUAUCUUUGGUCAGAGAGCAAUAAUGAUCUUUUACCAGAUACUGCUUGGGUCAGUGUUACAAAUCGUAGUCACUUUGUUAAGAGUGGACUUUCCAUGAAGGCUCAAGCUCUCACACUUUGUGUUCAAAGUUUCUGUUCAGCACUUGAUUCCAAAUUAAAACUUAAACUGGAUGAUUUAGUAAUGUACCUUCCACCAGCUACUUCCACUGCAAAGGACAAUGUAAAUGACUACUCAUCCUCACAACUACAGAACUCUGCAUUUGACAGGUAUGCUGAUACAGCUAAGGUGGAAGAGAUGCUACAGACACAGUGUCUUGCUUGUGUGCAGUACAUUCUGAACUGUGUGAGAGCAGAACUUAAAAUGGCAGAAGAGAGGCUGCAAAACUGCACUUGCUCUCCCAAUGAUUGUAAUCUGAAUGCCAUCCUUUUUAUGGCACGAUUGUGUCAGUCCAUAGGAGAACUCUGCCCUCAUCUCAAGCAAUGCAUUUUGGGCAAGUCAGGUAGUAAUGAUCUUGUGUGUGAGCUCCGUCCUGUCAAGAAGCUGGGCAAGGGGAAGCUGCAAGAAGUGAAGCCAGCACAGGCUAAGUGGCAGGAAAUAAAAGAUCAACUGUUGCAACAAAGCACGAGUGCUUACAGAAUUUGGAAUGUUGCCAUAUCAAAGGCUCUAGUUUCCCGUUUCACCCAAACAUUGCACUCUCAUACAGCUGGAGCUAUCUUAUCCACAGCCACCAGCUGGGAUGAAAUUGAAAUUCAAGAGGAAACAGAAGCUGGGAAUAGUGUGACAUCCAAAAUUCGUCUUCCUGUACAGCCUUCUUGGUAUGUUCAGUCACUUCUCUUUAAUUUAUGCCAAGAAAUAAACCGGGUUGGAGGUCAUGCUCUUCCUAAGGUCACGCUUCAGGAGUUGCUGAAGUCCUGUUUGGAUGAGGUGCUUUCUGGUUAUGAAAGACUAUGUUCCACAAAUUCUGAUAAGGUUGACUCUGCAUUCCCUUUAACCCAGAACAGAGCUUUGCAGCUGCUUUUUGAUCUUAGGUACCUCGGUUCAGUUUUAACAGCUAGGAAUGAUGAGGUGAAAAGCAGCCGGCACCAGCAAGACCCAAGGGUUCAAAAUGUGGUAGAUACUUUGGAAAGCCACAUUGAUCCAUUUGAUUUGGAUGUUUUCACUCCACAUCUUAACAACAACCUGAGUAAGCUUUCUCAAAGGACUUCAGUGCUUUUUGGGUUAUUAACUGGCACAGAGAAACAAUACACCAGCAGAAGUACGACAUUUAACUCGCAAGAACCUCAUAACAUCUUGCCUUUGGCUUCCAGUCAGAUCCGAUUUGGUCUACUGCCACUUAGUAUGACAAGUUCCCGAAAGCCUAAAUCAUCUGUCCGAGCAAGUGAAGUUAAGAAUCAGAUGUUGGUCACAGAAGAAGCAAGUCUAAAGCCUGGCGCCUUAUUUCAUCAGCUGGCUUCUUUUCAAGAUGAUGAUACAUCAUCAUCAUCAGCAUCGUCGCUUUUUAAAUUAGGGUGGCUAUCGAGUAUGACCAAGUGAUAAUGACAGCUUUGGGGGAAAAAAAAACUGAUGCAAGCUUUGAUGUAGAAAUAAAUUAAUAAAUACGAAAACAAAAUCACCAGCCAUUGACUCUAAACAUGUAUCGAUGUCUGUAAUGUACAAUUCUGAAUUACUGACCAGGAGCAAUUGCUUUAAUACUGCUACGACUCCAUCUGUGGCCGUUGUUAAGAUGCAUUUUUUUCUAUAAAAAGUUACCAGUGUCGUGGAGACUUCAGUAUGCCAACUUGGACCUUCAGUGAAUUGGAAUAUAUUCAAUUCCUAAUGACGCUAAAUUAAAUAACAAAAUGGUAAUGUGAGCUUGUCUCCAGAGGCAACAUUUUAACGAGUGGAUUCUUCAGCUGUUCAUUUGUGUGGACAUUCUCUCUUUCAAUGUGCUGUUCUUGGCAGUACAUAUCCAUCAAGUUGCAAUCCUCCAUUCCAUUUGGAUAUGUGGUCUUAUUUUGAUUAAGUCCUUUAUAGUUCUAAUGUUUACAUUGCUACCCUGCUACAGGAGGAUGCAACAAAAUAGAGCUUGCAAAAUACCUGAUAGAAGUUUAUAAAAUUAUGAGAGGCAUUGAUAGGGUAGACAGCCAGAAUCUUUCUCCCAAGGUAGAAAUGUUGAAUACUAGAGGACGUAGCUUUAAGGUGAGAGAGGGUAAGUUUAAAGGGGAUGUAUGUAGCAAGUACUGUUAUUGUUUUUACCUGUACUACAUCAAUGCACUCUGUACUAACCCAAUGUAACUGCACUGUGUAAUGAAUUGACCUGUAUGAUUGGUAUGCAAGACAAGUUUUUCACUGUACCUCGGUACAAGUGACAAUAAUAUACCAAUACCAAGUUGUGUUACACACAGUGGUAGGUGCCUGCAAUGCUCUGUUGGGGUGCUAGCGGAAGCAGAUACUAUAGUGGCAUUCAAGAGGCUUUUACAUAGGCACAUGAAUAUGCAGGGACUGGAGGGAUAUGAAUCGUGCAGGCAGAAGGGAUUAAUUUGGCAUCAUUCUUGGCACAGAUAUCGUGGGUUGAAGGGUGUGUUCCUGGACUGUACUCUUCUAUGUUCUAAAAGGUAUAUGUUGUCUUCCAUGUAGCACAACAAUAACAUUUUUUUAUGGUAAAUUUAAAUUUUUGGGUCAGGCAGAAACUAGACAGCCUUCAUUAUUAAUUAAAAAGAGUGGCUUUUUUUCUGUCCAGAAAAAUCAACAUUAAAGUUUGUUGCUCAGCUGGUUCAAA